ACUACCUUAUUAUUAUAGUUUUUUUACAAGUUUGAUUUCCAGGGAAAAACAAAAGAUGACAAUCUCAAAUCCAGUUUUUGAGUCGAAACUAACGUUGUAUGUUCUGGUUUGCUGGAUCCUUGCUGCCUUUGGUGGGCUGAUGUUUGGUUAUGAUAUCGGUAUUUCAGGGGGAGUGAGCGGCAUGGAUGAUUUUUUGAUUAAAUUUUUUCCAAGAGUGUAUGAGAGGAAGAGUCAUGCGAAGGAGAACAAUUACUGCAAAUACGAUGAUCAAAUGUUGCAGCUCUUCACAUCUUCACUUUAUUUGGCUGCUUUGAUUGCCAGUUUUGGGGCUUCAAAGGCUUGUAGCUAUUUUGGGCGAAAACCCACCAUCUUUAUGGCUUCAAUUCUCUUCAUCAUUGGUGCAGUGUUGAGUGCCCUUGCUGAGCAUAUGUGGAUACUCAUCUUGGGGAGGAUUUUCUUUGGCAUUGCAGUUGGAUUUGGCAAUGAGACCGUGCCAUUGUUUUUGACGGAGGUAGCCCCGGUCCAACACAGAGGAGCAGUGAACAUCCUCUUCCAGCUCUUUGUGACCAUAGGCAUCCUCAUCGCCGGCCUCGUCAACUUCGCCACCUCCAAAAUCCACCCCAACGGCUGGCGCUUCUCGUUGGGCCUGGCGGGCGUGCCGGCCUUGAUCUUGGGGCUGGGCAGCCUCAUCAUCACGGAGACCCCCGCGAGCCUGUUGGAGAGGGGAAAGGUAGAGGAGGCUAGGGCGGCGCUCAAGAAGAUUAGGGGCGUGGAGGGGGUGGAGCCGGAGUUUCAGGAGAUGCUGGCCGGGUGCGAGAAGGCCCGCCAGGUGAAACGGCCGUUCAAGAAGCUGAUGAAGAAAGAGAGCAUGCCGCCGCUCAUCAUCGCGAUCUCCAUGCAGGUGUUUCAGCAGUUCACGGGGAUCAAUGCCAUUAUGUUCUACGCCCCGGUGCUCUUCCAGACUAUGGGGUUCAAGGCCGAUGGCUCGCUCAUGUCCACCAUCAUCACCGGCCUCGUUAAUGUUGGCAGUACCUUCGUCUCCAUCUACGCCGUCGACAAGGUCGGACGCAGAAAGUUGCUCCUGCAAGCUUGUUGCCAGAUGCUCAUUUCUCAGCUUGCUAUCGGGAUAAUUUUGUCGACGCACUUAUCAGCGACGGGAUCACUGAACAAGAAGCUAGCAGCAGCGGUGGUGGUACUAGUGUGCACCUACGUGAUGUCGUUCGCCUGGUCAUGGGGACCCUUGGGCUGGUUGAUACCCAGCGAGACAUUCCCCAUGGAGACGCGAACCGGCGGCUUUGCCUUCGCCGUGAGCGCAAACAUGAUGUUCACCUUCCUCAUCGCCCAAGCCUUCCUCUCAAUGCUCUGUACCAUGCAAGCUUCCAUCUUCUUUUUCUUCUCCGCCUGGAUCGUCACCAUGGGGGUUUUUGUUAUCUUCCUGUUGCCGGAGACCAAGGGGGUGCCCAUUGAUUCCAUGGUGGAUAGGGUCUGGAAACAGCAUCCCGUGUGGAAGAGGUUCUUCGGCGACACACAAGAGUUAUGA